AUCAACCAGUUUUCCUCUGUUUAGAUUCUCACCGAAGUUUGUCUCCGGCGCCAUAACAGAAAGUAUACGCAUUGGAGAAGGGGCAAAUUAAUUAAAUUAUGCUACGAUACUUCAGAUUAUCGCGACGCUGCUUUCGCCUCCACCUGCUCCGCCGCGCCUCCUCCUCUUCUGGAAAUUCCGAUAUUCCUGCCGAAUCCCUCGCCCAUCUGAAGAAUUCCCAACCUGCCCCUCCCCCGCCCGCCCUCCACCACAGUUACUUUCCCCCCUCUAUUCCCUCCUCCUCCGCCUUCCUCUCCAAGACCUCCUUGAUCGCCGCCCUCUCCGCCGCCACCAUUCUCGCAGCCUACACCGUCUCGCCCUCCAUCGACGCCCCCGUUUCGGAGCACCGCGCGAGAUGGAAAUCGAUGUAUUCGGAGGUCGAGGCCGGCAUCGAGAGAUCGAACGACUCGAUUAACAGGAUUCUGAACAAGAUGAAGCAGACCGGAGUCGCGGCGUCCAUUCUAUGGCAGUCGUUGAGGUCGGUGAUGUCGUCGGCGAAUCACGAGGUUAGGCGGGGUCGAGCUCCGGUGGCGGCUUUGUUGGCUGACAUUGUGGCGGCCAGCGAUACCGGAGCUUCUUCUAUGUUGAUGUUCUGUAUUUCCAUGGUAAUGCAGCAAUCCAGACGUAGUUCUUUCGUUGUUUCUGAUAGAGGCAAGAGUAUGCUUGUCGCAGCAAUUAUGGAUGUUGUCACUUCCGACUGUGAAAGCAUAGACAAGUCAUCAUUUAAACCAUUGCUACCGAAAAAUGCCGAAAUCAGAGAUAUUGCAGCAGCUAUAGAAGUAAUUGAAGAGGGCAGCAUGCAUUGGGAUGAGCAGAAUGGUGAUGAAGAAGAUGAUGAUGACGAUGAUGGUGGAAAAGGAAUAAAGGGUAUCGGAAUCAAGGUUCUUGGAGGUACCACAGUUUUGGGGCUUUCGGGAACUGGCGGUUAUGCUGACGUGGAGCAUUCCGAUUCGUACAACUCAAUGACGGUAAAUGACGCACCAAGUAAUCUUUUAUUCCACAAAAUAAAUGAAAGUUCCCAUGCACAAGCAAAGUUGUCAUCUGCUGUAAUUCCUGGCCUUUGGGAUGAUUUGGAUUCUGAACAUGUGGCUGUUCCGUUUGCUGCAUGGGCAUUAGCUAACUGGGCAAUGGCUUCUGAAGCCAAUAGGGGUCAUAUCCAAGAGCUGGAUAGGGAUGGGCAUGCAGUUAUGAGUGCAUUGAUGGCGCCUGAGAGAUCGGUAAAAUGGCACGGGAGUUGGUUGGCUCAGUUGCUUUUAGAGGACCGAAAUCUGCCUUUAAAUAAUUCUGUUGCAGAUUGGAGCUCUAGUCUUCUUUCCACUAUUUCUCAAGCUAGCCGAACUCAGGAUAUACCUCUGGCUCAAGUGGCUUUGUCUGCAUUGUUGGUUUCUAUUGAUAGAAGCCCUGAAUCUCAGGAAGUAGUGAUGGAUAAAGGUCUUCAUUCAAUGAGAGAAGCAGCUAAGCAAACGGUGAAGCAUAAAUCUGUCCAAGAAUCACUGGCGAAAGCUUUAGAACUAAUCACUUCCAGGGAACUUCAUAUGUCUCUCGAAGAGAGUCAGAAAUGGUCAGCCAUUUUACUUCCAUGGGUAUUUGGAAAACUUUCGUCUGAUACGAUUCGUUCAUCUGCUAUAAAUAUUCUUUCACACAUUCUUGAAGAUUAUGGGCCAUCCUCUGUUCCGAUUUCUCAAGGAUGGUUGACUAUCUUACUCAUGGAUACACUGAGCUGCAGAAAGUCGACUUUAACAAAAGAAAGUGCUCAGCUUACAAAUGAGAAAGUGAAGACACAAAUUGAUCUGUCAAAUGUUGUUUCUGCAACUCAGACUGCAAAUCAGUUGGCAAGUGCUGUUGUUAAUUUAGCAGGAUCACAGCUGGGAACGGCUAUUGAAAGUGCUGAUACAUUUCCACUGGCCGACCUUCUCUUCCUUGAACCCUUUGCUGGAUUAUAUAAAAAUCUAAAGAAGGACAAAGUGCCAAAGGUAACUGCUGCCGAUUCUGCACUGGCAACUCUUAAAGGCAUCAAAGCACUGACGGAAAUAUGUGCCGAAGAUCCUUUGUGUCUGCAGAAAAUAACUGACUUUGGAGUACUAUCUUUACUUAGGCGCCUCUUGUUGGAAGAUGAUUAUGAACAACUUGCUGCAAUUGAAGCAUAUGAUGCAUCACGUGCUAACGAGGCACAAGAACGGGCCCCACCUUCAACCGGUGAUUCUACGGUAGUUGAUUCGCACAACCCUUCAAAUUUACGAGUUCCAGCUACUGCUCACAUUAGGAGGCAUGCGGCGCGUCUGCUUACUGUUCUUUCUGUUCUUCCACACGUACAGAAAGCAAUUGUAUCAGACAAAUCUUGGUGUAAAUGGCUCGAGGAAUGUGCCAGAGGGCAGAUUCCUGGCUGCAAUGAUCUUAAAAUUCAGAGUUAUGCGAGGGCAACGUUAUUAAAUGCGUUUUGUAGUGAUCCAGCCAGUUGGAAGUCUGAAAUUGUUGGUGUUCCUGAUGGAAGUUCUUUGAACAAAAAACAACAACAGUGCCCUCAAUAUGCUGAUAUGAUAUUUUUGAUUAACCCUGAAUUGCCUCACUGGAAGUGUAUAGAACAAAAAACGUCGAACUCUGUUGAUAAUGCAGCAGUUGAUGACGAUUCUGCUGAGAGCGAGAAUAGGGCGUUGUCGAGAACUUUGGAGAACGAUAAUCCUCCUGCUUCUACUUCUGGUUCCGGAAGCUUCUCGAAUAUGGAGUUUCCUCCAUUGGAUAUUGUUUUUGUCCAUGGCCUUCGUGGAGGUCCCUUCAAAACAUGGCGGUUAUCCGAGGACAAGUCAUCGACAAAGUCUGGCCUUGUUGAGAAGAUUGAUGAAGAAGCUGGGAGACAAGGAACAUUUUGGCCAGGAGAAUGGCUUGCAGCUGACUUUCCUCAUGCCCGUUUGUUUAGUCUGCGAUACAAGACAAAUCUUACACAAUGGUCUGGAGCCAGUCUUCCUCUUCAGGAAGUGAGCUCCAUGCUGUUAGAAAAACUAGUUGAUGCUGGCAUUGGGGAUCGACCGGUUGUAUUUGUAACUCAUAGCAUGGGAGGCCUGGUUGUCAAGCAGAUGUUGUAUCAAGCAAAGGCAGAGAACAAGGGUAAUUUUGUCAACAACACAGUGGGAAUUAUUUUCUACAGCUGCCCGCAUUUUGGCAGCAAGCUCGCGGACAUGCCUUGGCGCAUGGGUCUUGUAUUACGUCCUGCACCCACAAUUGGAGAAUUGAGAAGUGGAUCGCCUAGGUUGGUAGAGCUUAAUGAUUUUGUCCGUCAACUUUACAAGAAGAAGUUGAUCGAUGUCCUAAGUUUUUGUGAGACAAAGGUAACACCGAUCGUAGAAGGUUACGGAGGAUGGGCCUUCCGAAUGGAGAUUGUACCCAUGGAAUCUGCCUAUCCUGGAUUCGGUGAACUUGUAGUGUUGGAUUCGACGGACCAUGUAAAUUCUUGCAAGCCAUUAAACAGGGCUGAUCCAUCCUAUAAAGAUACUUUAGAGUUCUUACAAAAGCUGAAAUCACAUUAUACUACAAAAGAUUCUUCUGUACAUUAGCCCUCCGUCACAGGAUUACAGUGAGAUACUCGAGCCCCGUUUUUUGUUGGCUCUGCAGAUCAAUUAGCCAAUACUUGAUGAAUGAACACUUGGAAGAGAAAAAAAAAUUGUGUAUAGAAGAUUUUUCUUUUAGAUUAGUUUCAUAAGUCACGAUUCUUGGUACAAAAUUCAGUAAGUUUUAGGAUAUGGAGGAAUAGUUACUGCCCUUUUUACUUGUAAUUAUUCAAUCAGAUGAACUACGGCCACCCCUGAGGUAAUGUCAAAUUAUGAGAAACCCA